GCCCAUACUCCUGUGUAGUUUGUGAUAGGAUGGUAGUGCAGCGUCUUGCUCAUGCUUCUGUGUUAGUAAUAGGAUCCAACUUAAGGAGAGUGCCGUUGUGGUGGCAGAAAUUCACGCCGAGAACUGUCAUUGCCAUAUGGAACGCGGCAGGGCUGAUAGACGCGGCAACUGUCUCAGGCUCUCAGGCCUCAGCGGCUGGCAUCAGUGUAAGGGUGGACGCGGCACGGGGAAGUGUCAUAGAGCCCUCCAGAUGGCUCAGUGCCACACUGCUGCCUGUGAUAGUGGCAUGGUGGGGCCUGAGGAAGAAGUCCCUGUCAUCUAGUGGUGCUGUGUGUGGUCUUAUUGUUGGUUUUCUCUUAACACUCGGAAGCUAUGUUUUCUUCGUCAAUCUUCUUAUCUUUUUUGUGUCGUCAUCCAAAGCAACAAAAUACAAGUCUGCUAUGAAGAGAAAACUUGAAAGUGAUCAUAAAGAAGGUGGUGAAAGGAACUGGGUGCAGGUGAUGUGCAAUGGAGGUGUAGCCAGUCUCAUAGCUUGGUUCUAUAUUGUGGAUUGUGGGUGUGGUGAAAACCCAGUGGAUCUUAUCUAUAGCUACCGAUGUUCUUGGCUUAGUGUGGCAGUCCUAGGAGCUUUAGCUUGUUGUAAUGGAGAUACUUGGGCCUCAGAGUUUGGAGCAGUUCUAAGCUUUGGAGACCCCCUGCUCAUCACCAACUUACAGUCUGUUCCAAGAGGAACCAAUGGAGGAGUGAGCCUCAUUGGGCUGUUGGUGAGCUUUUUGGGAGGUUUGUUGGUAGGACUUGGGCAUUACUUGACAUUGCUGAUGCUGGUGUCCACACCAGUGAUGAUUGCUGCCCCUCCACAGUGGCCCAUUGUGCUGGUGGGUGCUGCAGGGGGUCUUCUUGGGAGUCUUAUUGAUUCUUUGCUGGGAGCUACAAUGCAGUAUUCAGGAAUCACCUCAGAGGGAAAGAUCGUUGAGCGUCCUGGAGAGAAUGUGAAGCACAUCAGUGGCUCACACAUCCUGGACAACCAUGCUGUUAAUCUUAUCAGUUCUCUACUAACUGCAAUAUUUUUGCCAAGAGUUGCUCUUUUGAUAAUGUAGGCAGUUUAUAGUCAGUUGUGUCCUUUGUGUAUUUUCUUUUAAUAUGAUUGUAGUGAUGGAAUAGUUAAUGGUGACCAAAAUCCACCACAGCCUCAGUGAUCACUUACAACCUCAGUGGUAAUGUGUCAGAUCUUGAGUGUUGGGUUCAUUGCAAGAUUGUGAUCUCUCAUGGCUAAUCUAACCUGCCUUCAGAUAAGUUUCUCAGUGUUUGCACAUGAUGCUCCAAAGGGGGCAUAGUGCAGUGACUGCCUACAACUACUAUGCAUGUCAUGAGUACAGUAUUUGUAGGUUUUGGUGAUACUUGAUACUUAUUUGCAUGUUUCUUUUUCUGUAAGGAAACAUGCAUUGUGAAUUUUAUGUGGGUUAGAAAUAUUCUGUGAAUGCAUUGCUUAUUUUAGGUAGAUUGCCUGCUGUUUUGAAAGCAUAAAAAUUUUGUUUCAAAUAACUGUUUUAGUCAGAAGUUUAUAUGAAAGGGAUAUUGCUUUGUUAUCAGUAAACAAAAUAAAUAUCAAUAAUAUGAAUUAAAAAGGAUUAACA